AGGGGGAGGGGAUAGGACCGGGAGUCCGGAGGGAAGGCUCAGUUUCAUUUCCACCGACCCUCCUGCCUGGGCCGCAGCCGCCGCCGCGAUGCCCAGCAAGUUCAGCUACCGGCAGCUCCGGGAGACGGGCCAGGGCUUCGAGAGUUUCCUGGCCGACCGGGGACUGGAGAAGGAGACGGAUCGCGAGCGGCUGCGGACCAUUUAUAACCGCGACUUCAAGACCAGCUUUGGAACUCCUGCCCCUGGCUUCUCCUCCAUGCUGUAUGGAAUGAAGAUUGCAAAUCUGGCUUACGUCACCAAGACUCGGGUCAGGUUCUUCAGUCUGGACCCCUGGGUCAGUGUGCAGCUCCCAGAAAAGAAGAGACCAAUGAAACUGGGAUCAGAUAUCAGCAAACAGCACAAGUCACUGCUAGCCAAGAUCUUUUAUGACAGUCCAGGCCCCUCCAGCCCCAUCCCCCGCUUGAUUCCCACUCUCCCCAGGGCUGAGUAUCUUCAUGGGAAGCAUGGGGUGGACGUGGAAGUCCAGGGGCCCCAUGAAGCCCGAGAUGGGCAGCUCCUUAUCCGCCUGGAUUUGAACCGAAAGGAGGUGCUGACCCUGAAGCUCCGGAAUGGAGGGACCAAGCCUGUUACUCUCACUCACCUCUUCCCACUCUGCUGGACACCCCAGUUUGCCUUCUACAAUGGUGACCAGGAGCUGCCCUGUCCACUGGGUCCAGGUGAAUGCUAUGAGCUCCAUGUCCACUGUAAGACCAGCUUUGUGGGCUACUUCCCAGCCACUGUGCUCUGGGAGCUGCUGGGACCUGGGGAGUCGGGACCAGAAGAAGCUGGAACUUUCUACAUUGCCCGCUUCUUGGCUGCCGUUGCCCACAGCCCCCUGGCUGCACAGCUGAAGCCCACAACUCCCUACAAGCGUGUCCGGAUCACUAGAAACCCUGUAAUGUCCAACCGCAUAGAGGAAGGAGAGAGACCCGACCGUGCUAAGGGCUAUGACCUGGAGCUAAGUUUGGCACUAGGAGCCUACUACCCAUCACCCCGCCUCAGGCAACUGCUCUCCAUCCUUCAGGGAGCAAAUGUCUUCACUGCACCUAAGGAGGUUGCUGAGAUCAAGGCCCAGCUGGAGACAGCCCUGAAGUGGAAGAACUAUGAAGUGAAGCUCCAGCUGCUGCUGCACCUGGAGGAGCUGCAGAUGGAGCGUGACAUCAGGCACUAUGACCUGGAGUCGGUGCCCAUGACUUGGGAUCCCGUGGACCAGAACCCUAGGCUGCUCACACUGGAGGUUCCUGGGGUGACUGAGAGCCGCCCCUCAGUACUGCGGGGUGACCACCUGUUUGCCCUUUUGUCCUCUGAGACACACCAGGAAGACUCUGUCACCUACAAGGGCUUUGUGCACAAGGUGGAACUGGACCGUGUCAAGCUGAGUUUUUCUAAUAGCCUCCUGAGCCGCUUUGUGGAUGGGCUGACCUUCAAAGUGAACUUCACAUUCAACCGCCAGCCUCUGCGGGUCCAGCACCGGGCCCUGGAGCUGACAGGGCGUUGGCCACUGUGGCCCAUGCUUUUUCCUGUGGCCUCCCGUGGGGUCCCGCUGCUGCCCCCUGAUGUGAAGCUCAAGCUGUACGAUCGGAGUCUGGAAUCGAACCCAGAGCAGCUACAGGCCAUGAAGCACAUUGUUUUGGGCACCACCCGGCCAGCCCCCUACAUUAUCUUUGGGCCUCCAGGUACCGGCAAGACUGUCACAUUAGUGGAGGCCAUUAAGCAGGUGGUGAAGCACUUGCCUAAAGCGCACAUCCUGGCCUGCGCUCCAUCCAACUCUGGGGCUGACCUCCUCUGCCAGCGGCUCCGUGUCCACCUGCCCAGCUCCAUCUACCGCCUCCUGGCCCCCAGCAGGGAUAUCCGCAUGGUGCCCGAGGACAUUAAGCCCUGCUGUAACUGGGAUGCUAAGAAGGGAGAAUAUGUGUUUCCCGCCAAGAAGCAGCUGCAGGGAUAUCGGGUCUUAAUUACCACCCUCAUCACUGCCAGCAGGCUGGUGUCUGCCCAGUUUCCUAUCGAUCACUUCACACACAUCUUCAUCGAUGAAGCUGGCCACUGCAUGGAGCCUGAGAGUUUGGUGGCCAUAGCAGGAUUGAUGGAAGUCAAGGAAACAGGCAACCCAGGAGGGCAGCUGGUGCUGGCAGGAGACCCUCGGCAGCUGGGGCCUGUGCUGCGGUCCCCAUUGGCACAGAAGCAUGGCUUGGGGUACUCACUGCUGGAGCGACUGCUUACCUAUAACACCCUGUACAAGAAGGGCCCCAACGGCUAUGACCCCCAGUUCAUUACCAAACUGCUACGCAACUACAGGUCUCAUCCCACCAUCCUGGACAUUCCUAACAAGCUGUACUACGACAGGGAGCUGCAGGCCUGUGCAGACGUGGUGGAUCGAGAGCGCUUCUGCCGCUGGGAGGGUCUGCCUUGCCAGGGCUUUCCCAUCAUCUUUCAUGGCGUAAUGGGCAAAGAUGAACGUGAGGGCAACAGCCCAUCUUUCUUCAACCCCGAAGAGGCUGCCACGGUGACUUCCUACCUGAAACUGCUCCUGGCCCCUUCCUCCAAGAAGGGCAAAGCCCGCCUGAGCCCUCGAAGUGUGGGUGUCAUCUCCCCAUACCGGAAGCAGGUGGAAAAAAUCCGCCACUGUAUUACCAAACUUGACAGGGAGCUGCGAGGACUGGAUGAUAUCAAAGACUUGAAGGUGGGCUCCGUGGAAGAAUUCCAAGGGCAAGAACGAAGCGUCGUCCUCAUCUCCACCGUGAGAAGCAGCCAGGGCUUUGUACAGCUGGAUCUGGACUUUAACCUGGGUUUUCUUAAGAACCCCAAGAGGUUCAACGUAGCAGUGACCCGGGCCAAGGCUCUGCUCAUCGUAGUGGGCAACCCCCUUCUCCUGGGCCAGGACCCUGACUGGAAAACAUUCCUGGAGUUCUGUAAAGAAAACGGGGGGUACACCGGGUGCCCCUUUCCUGCCAAACUGGACCUCCAGCAGGAACAGAACUCCCUCCUAGGUCUGAGCAAGCUCAGCCCCUCUACCUCAGGACCCCAGGGUCGUGACUACCUCCCCCAGGAGAGAGAAGGUGAAGGGAACGUGUGCCUGCAAGUGGAACCAGAGUGGAGGAAUGAGUUGUGAAGACACAGCUGCCUGCAUCCUCAAGCCAGCCAAGCCUUAACCGCUGCUCAUCCCUGUGCCAGAACCCAGCCCAGCUGCCCCUGUGAGGGACAGGAAGGCCAGCCGGGAAGGGAGUUUACAACCCAAGCCAUUUCUCCCCUAUCCCUGCUGGGGAGAAUAACACACUGAGCUGCUAACAAUUGGGGGGAUGGAGAAGGAAGAAAAAUUCUGAAAACAAAAUCUUGUUCUAUGCAAAAGCCUCUUGCUUGUCUCCUCAGCCUGGCCCGUUUCCUGCGCCCCCAAGCUGACCCUGAAUGAGGGUAAGACUGUCAAACCCUGCCCGGGGCCACACCCCCAGCAGCUCCCAUGUGCAGGGGAGGAAACACUGGGCAGGGAAGCCACCCAUGGGCUUCUAAGUUUAGCCUGUUACAGAC